AUGGUUCACCUGAUCAUCCCGGCCAUUCCAACUGACGUCACGGAGCACCUGCGGCGCGAGCAUGAGGUCGAGGCGUUCUUCAUUGGCCACGGCUCUAACCGCGAGGGUCGCUUGGCUCUACUUGCAGCCGCGGCCACUGGAGACACGUACACGCGUGCGGGUGGAACAGUCAUUGAAGGGUGCCUCAAGUUUCUGCUCCAGUCUUACUCACUGCUUCGCCGGCUCUCAGAUUCGGCCCGGGUGCGCCUGGCUGCCAAGGCUGCGCUGGCCGACCGCGGCGUGGCGACGCCGGCGAGGGUCGAGGAGCUGGCGCAGCUCCGAAGCGCUUUGCUCCGUGAUGCCCAUGGCGCCGAGGAUGCAGAGGCUAUCAUGGAGCUUCGCGAGCAGGCGGCGCAUCAACUCGCCCAGCUGGCCGCGGCGGGCACGCGGCUCAAGUACGCCGUGGACCGGGCGCUGCGGCGCUGA